GUAGGUGCGGGGACGAUAUCAGGUCAUUUGUUUACUGCGAAACUAUUGUUUUUUGGUCAUAAGGGCCUUUGACAGCAGAGGCUUAAAAAGUUCCACCCUCGUCACUCGCUAAGUGGAGUGCCUGUUGUCCACUGCCAUCGUGGCCAUCAUGAUGUCCUUUGCGGUGUCCUCCGUGCUUUUAGGUUACCUGGUCAGCUUCGCUCACGGCGCGGUACAAUACCACCAGCUAAUCAAAUGCAGCCAAAACUACAGUGCCGAGAUCAUGGGCUUGGUAACCAGGGACGCCGUCAUCGGCCACCAGAUGAUGGCCAAGAUUAAGCUUCGUGUCUACGACACCAUCCUGGAGGAUCUCAAGCUGAGGGUGGCGCUAUUCACACCUCGAGGCACAGUCGUUCCGUGUAUAGAACGCUUCGGCUCGUGCGUGUAUGACAUUUGUGAAAACGUGCCGGAGAACAAGGUGACAAUGUGGACGACCAAGUGUCCAGUGACGCCCGGCACCUACUGGCGCAACUUAGUAUUCCGGGUUUCGCCUAAAAUGGAGAAGCAUAUCGGCGAUGGAAACCUCAUUGCAGCCAUGAUGUUGGAGAGCAAGGGCAAGAAGCUUUCAUGCCAAGCCCUUCACUUGACAGUUUUCAAGACCAGGCCAACAACGGACAUCUGGGAUUAGAACGUCUCGCCUAAGAAGAAACAGCGGCGCGCGGAGAACUGCAGUGCGAGUUGAGAAGAAUAAAGUGAAUAUAUGCGGA